GCCCUGCUAGCUGGACCUUAGGACCUCACCGCCAAGACUCGAACGUCAUGAAAGCCUCCAAGUUCAGCGAGAACUUCUGGUGUCCUCACUUUCUGAGCACAGUUGGCUAUGACAGCAUUAUUCAUCAUCUGAACGAGGGCAGAAAGAACUGCAAGGAAUUUGAAGAUUUUUUAAAAGAAAGGGCAAUGAUUGAAGAGAAGUAUGGCAAAGAUCUGAUCAACCUCUCUCGAAAGAAGCCCUGUGGGCAAAGUGAGAAUAACACCAUGAAGAGGGCCCUGGAAGUCUUCAAGCAGCAAAUAGACAAUGUGGGACAAUCUCACCUUCAGCUGGCACAAACCCUACGGGAAGAAGCUAGAAAGAUGGAAGAAUUCAAGGAAAAGCAGAAAAUACAACGGAAAAAGAUAGAAGUUUUGAUGGAUAACAUGCACAAACAAAGACAAUUACAGUAUAAGAAAACUAUGGAAGCAAAGAAGAUCUAUGAACAGAAAUGCAAAGAUAAAGAUGAGGCAGAACAGGCAGUGCAUCGGAAUGCAAAUAUAGCCACACCAAAGCAACAAGAGAAGCUCUUUGUGAAACUGGCCACUUCAAAGACUGCUGCAGAAGACUCUGACAAAACAUACUUGUUGAACAUUAAUUUGCUGGAGAAGAUAAGAGAAGAUUGGCAGGGUGAACACAUCAAAGCCUGUGACUUCUUUGAGAUUCAAGAAUGUGAACGAAUAAACUAUUUCCGGAAUGCAUUGUGGCAACACAUGAAUCAGCUCUCACUUCAAUGUGUCAUAAAUGAUGAGAUGUUUGAAGAAGUCCGUAAAAGUUUAGAAAUGUGUAGCAUUGAAAAGGACAUUGAAUAUUUUGUAGCUCAGAGAAGGACUGGACAAGUGCCGCCAGCACCUAUUUUGUAUGAGAAUUUCUAUAACUCCCAGAGAAAUCCAGCACCAGCACGAAAUCCAGGACCUACUGUGGGAAGGAGAGGACCUCUACCAAUUCCUCAAAAUUUAUCAGAGGAUGAUGAUUACUCCUUGGUGACUGAAUGCAAUAUUGUCUCUAACCAGUACCAACGGAGAGCACCUCCACCAAUUCCUCAAAAGAUAUCAGAGGAUGAUGGUUACUCCUUGGUGACUGAAUGCAAUAUUAACUCUAACCAGUGCCAACGGAAUUAACGACUCUCAACUUGAUGCUUCUUUGACUGCACAAGGAGUCAAUUUGGAGCAGAUUCAGCUGCCAUUUUGUAUUAGUCAUGAAGACUCUAAAGUGAACUGUUUCUUCUGUAACUUUUCAUAUUUUAAAUUGGUGGUCAAGUUUUUGUUCUUGCUGUCAUGAUGGAUGGGUUCUGAAAGUUACUUGAAAACUCUAUGAGAUCCAUGGAGGAAAAAUUCCUCUUCCUAAUCAAUGGCAGAUAUUGUGGAUAACCUUUUGUUUUCUACUUGGAAACUAUGAAAUGUUUAUAGAAUUUGAGAUUUGAAUAUUUGUGUAGCAGAAACAUCAGAAGAGGGGUCGACAAUGUGAAAGUCCUUGGUAUCAGAGAUAAUUUUACUAAGAAAAAAGGAAGUUCUGUUGUUCCCAAAAGGUUUUCAAUAAUAGUAUUAUUUCAUUAGUGGAGGAAUCAGAACUUUAGAGCUGGAAGGGACUUUAGAGAUUAGCUACUCUAGUCUUUUCACUUUUUAGGUGAGGAAACUGAGGCCCAAAGAGGUUAUGUAAUUGUCCAAGGUUCAAUAGCUAAUGGUAAAGCUCAGACUAAGAUGCAGGCCUCCUGGUUUCCACUACACUUGUUUUCCCUCCCUCCCUUAAUUGACCGGCAAUACUACUGCUGAAAUUCAAGCUAGUAAAUGUUUUUUCCAGGCUGCUUGUUGUUGAAAAAAAUUUAGGGCUGGUUCGGACCUAUGAUUUCAUCAGUGAAGGCAACUUGUGGUAUGAAAAUUCUUCCUGCUAAUGCAGCUGAGAAACUCAUUGGUAUCUUGAAAUCUUUAAAAAAAAUUGUUUGGGGAACUGAGCAAUUAGGUGACUACCUUGUAUUUGUCAAAGGCAGAAACUGAACCUAGUUCUUCCCAACUUUGAGGCUAGCCCUUUAUCUACUACACUGCACUGCCUCUAUUGAAAAUGCCAAGAACUAAAGUGUCACUCUUAUUUUUAGGACAGAUCAGUGAUGAACAGUAUGUAAUCUAUUCACUCUUCUUCAUAAUAAUAAAUUUGUAGUUAUAAAAUCACUGCUGGUUGGGUUUUCUCAGGGAAAAAAAGGUUUGUAUGUGUAUGCAUAUGUAUAUGUAUAUAUGUGUGUACAUCCAUCAUGCAUCCACAUGUAAAUCCACAUGUA